UUCUAAUUAAUGGUAAAAAAAAUUAUUAAUUACAGGGAAAUUAUUUUUUUUCUAAAUUCCUUAAUUCAGUGAAUUAUUUUUUUUUUUUGUUACGUAACAAAAAGAAAGAAGAAAGUAAAAAAUGUCAGUUGACUUGUAUGGAUUGUAUACAUGCUCAUCAUGUCGAGCAAUUUUAUUAACAGCUGAGGCUAUUGGUAUUGAAGUGAAUUUCAUUACAGUCGACUUAGAAAAUGGUGAACAUCAAACACCUGAAUACGAAGAGAUGAAUCCUCAAAAAUUGAUUCCAACUUUGGUGGAUGGCGAUUAUAAACUCGGUGAAAGCCGAGCAAUUUUAGCUUAUCUGGCUGAUCAGUACGAUCAAAAUGAAAGAUUAUAUCCAAAAAAUCCGGGCAGUCGAGCAUUGGUCGAUCAUCGUUUAUAUUUCGAUAUUGGAACACUUUAUAAAGCAAUCGCUGCUUAUUAUUAUCCUGUCGCAUUCUAUGGACGAAAAGAAUUCGAUUCAACAAAAUAUCCAAGAGUUGAGGAAGUUUAUGAAAUGUUAGAUAAAUAUCUAGAAGGCCAAGAUUACGUAGCUGGGAAAAAUUUGACAAUUGCAGAUUUGUCAAUAACAGCGACAGUGACAACAAGUGAGGUGUUUGGUUUUGACGUCAGCAAAUAUGAAAAUGUUUCAAGGUGGUUAGAGAAAAUGAAAACUUCAGCCCCAGGUUAUAGAAAGGCGAAUGGUGAGGGUCUCGAGAUGUUGGGAAAACAAUUUCAGGAAAAACUUGAAGCCAUUGAAAAUGAGUUGGUGGAAAAUGAACCUGAAAAUGAGAAUGAAAAUCAGGACGAAAAUGAUGCUGAUAAUGAAGCUGAAAAUGAGACGGAAAAUGAAGCUGAAAUUGAAGACGAAAAUGAGGAAGCAAAUGAAGAAGAAAAUGAAGUAGACAAUGAAGAUGAAAAUGAGAAUGAAGAUGAAAGUGAGCCUCCAGCUGAAUAGUUUAACAAAUAAAAGUUAAUAAUAAAAUAAGAAUCAAUAAAUAAUAAAUAACAGUAUUAAACAAUUAUACAAUAAUAGUAGUAAUUAAUUAUACAAUAGUAGUAAAUAAUUAUACAAAAAUAGUUGUAAAUAACUACAGUA